AUGGCAACACUUGAGGGUGCCUACUGUUUCCUCUCCGGAAUGUCGGCCGCUUUUCUGAUUCUUUUCUCUCUAUUCGAUCUCCUCUACAUCACUAGCACUGUCUCCGAUCUUUUGCCGAAAAUCUGCAAUAUUCUCAGUUGGAUUGUGAUCUUUACAAAUUUGCUUUCUGUUUGUUUCACGCUUCGAAAGCAUCACAGUAGGCAAACGUUGAACUUUGUAUCGAGUUUUCUUUGUCAAGUUGUAGCGGUGGUUUGGAGUGCUCUGAUAUUUCAUCACUUAGAUAACUCGUCAUUUACCGGACUACAGAUGCCAAGUGCUUGUCCGAUAAAGAUACUCGCCCUUAUCAUCGCAAUCUUGUUAUGUUGUGUGGAAGUUGGUCGAAUCUCACUGGUCGUCCUCCUGCUCCGGCGUCAACGUCUCAUCGUUCCUCGUGGCAGUAUUCUGACAUUAUUC